GUUUUUUGGGUGAAUACUAAAGGGAAGUUAGAAAGCUGUAAAUUAGAUAACCUAGAAGAGAAGGGAGAAGAGAGAAGGUUCGAAGGGGAGAGUGGUUCAGCGGCGCCAGAUUUCGAAGGGGAAUGAUCGAGGGCGGCAGCGAUAGACGGUUCGGCGAGACCGGUUCGGCGGCAGCAACGCUUGACAAUUCGAGACUGGUUCGACGGCUCGACGAUUCGGCGGCGAGACUGGUUCUUCUCUUCGAUCUGUAAAACAUCUCAGUAAAUAUAGAUAUGAACUACAAAAGAAGAAAAGGGAACAACAAAAGAAAACCAACAGGGUGGAUUUGAAGGAGCUCAAGAUGGGUUACAACAUCGAUGUGCAUGAUUAUACUGUGCGUUUGAAAGCUGCACGGAAGUUUCUGAAUGAUGGAGACAAGGUUAAGAUUAUAGUGAACUUGAAGGGCCGUGAAAAUGAGUUCAGAAAUAAUACUAGUGAGCUUAUUAAGUGUUUUCAGAAUGAUGUUGGGGAGAGUUACAAUCGGGAUUUUUUCUUAUUUCUCUACUUCCUUCUCAUCAUAGUUUCAGCAAUUACUUCUUUCAAGAUUCAUCAUGAUAAGUCACCAAUCUCAGGAAAAUCCAUAUUGUAUCUGAACAGGCAUCAAACUGAAGAGUGGAAAGGUUGGAUGCAGGAAUGUCAAAUAAUGCAAGCUGGCCUGGAGGUUGCAGAUGCACCAAGCUCAUCUGAGAUGCAUGAAUCAGAUUCGGCUGCUGCAGCUGCUGCUGCUGGUUUGUUGCUGCUGCCACCCUUGUGGUUGAUGCUUGCUCGGCUGCUGCUGCAAUGUUGCUGUGAGACGGCUGCUAUUAGAUGUUGGUCUGCUGGAUAAGUUUGUGGAUACUUUUCAUGUCGUUUUGCCUAUCUUUGUUAGUUUCAUGUUUUCAUUUUGUUAUCUGUUGUUUGUAAUGUGGGUUCACAAUUUGGAUGUAUUUGGGUAUUUUAAUGAGUUUACCCUUUUAGGUUUUAUACACUACUUCUAAAAGCAGUAUCAGCAGUGUUUUUUUUGCUUACACAUCAACUUUAGGUGAUUUCAUAUCAAUGUUAUUAGUUUGUAAUAGUAGUGCCUGAGGGAUGCCUCUUGUAAAUCUGUAAAUCUUAUAAAAAUAUAUAAAUUAUUUUCAAUUGUUUUUG